AUCAGGGUGUCAGUUAAAAAAAAGUAUUCUCCCGCAAUCACAUGAUUUCCUUGUUGGGUUAUUAAUAGAACAAGGAGAAUAUAUUCUUUACAGUUUCAUAUAAAGGUAACCUAGGAAACGAUCCCUUCUCCGUCUGCACAGACCUGUCCUUUCUCGCGGGAUCUAAGUGAAAUAUUUAUGCAAAUCUAUUGGUCAUUUAAAGGUAUGGAUAUGAGGUAUUAUCAUUCAAAAUUUUGGAUUUAUUGUGUGAGACGUAUCCUGCUUUCAAGUUGGAUAUUACACCUGUGGGGAAUAUCCUGGUGAGUUUGGAUAUAUGACAUUUGUUGGAAUUUAUCCUGGUGAAUUUUUUUGGGUAAUUAGAUUUUCCGAACCAUGGAUUCUAACCACGAUUUACCUGGGAUCGUCGUUGCUUGGAAGUAAAUCGUUGCCUGUGAUGGAUUUAAUACCCCUAUAUUUUCUUGAGAAUUAUUUUCGGACAGGUUAAUUUACGUAUGGACUAUACAUCAGAAAAGACAGGGAGUAUUUUUUCCAUUCACCACCUUUUUCCACUGCUGGACAUAAACAAUUUUUCUGGAUGUCUCCAAACCAAGGAUGUCUGCUACUUGUCUGGAUUUAAAUAACAUCAUGGACCAAAGGAUGUAAGUUUCCAUUGUAAGGACGUAAAUUGGCUAGGCAUCAGUCAUCACAGUGCCCCAUCAGUACAUAAUUCACCGCUAAUUGAUCAUUUUCAGACAAGGAAACAAUAUUUUACAGGGUAUAAUUGUAAUUUAGUAAGGUGCUUAUAUCAAAAGGAACUAAAGAGAAACUGAGGAGUAACAGAACACGCACCAAGAAAUUCCAUGGAAUAAUUUUUGGGGAGAGCGAUGGCCACGAAGACAACUGAAGACAUGCAUUUUGGAUGUACCUGCCUCAUGGAAGAAUGGAUGUAACCCCCGUAUUGGAUGUAAGGAUGUUGGGUAUAGGAUGUACACGUGUAACCGCAUUUCCAUUGCUGGAUUAUUCCGCUCCAGUGUGGAUUUAGCUGUAUAUCCUCUCAGCAUCAAUAUUUGGUUUGGGUUACGAACAAAGAAUAGAAACAUCUGCAUUUUCAGCGAAAAUCGAAUGAAGCCUGAAGAGGAUGUCAUCUACACAAAGUGAUGGGAGUAGACGGUCUAUUUUGCCGUUGGGAUAUGUAAUAGGCCUAUUUUAAGGAAUUAAUUAUGUUGCGGUGGACUAGGAUUAUUCCAUGCAUUUUGGUGAGAGAAGAUACUGUUUUUUUACAGGAGUGUAUGCAAACUGGCUUCCUAGUUUUGAAGAGGAAUAAUACCGGUCUCUAUUUUGGACACUAGUAUGCAGACAACUCAUGCUUUUUUUGCUUCUUUAUAUUAGGUUACCAUAAGCAAAUUGGACAUAUAUUUUCAGUCUGGCCCAUCUCUAGUGUCACUUUUGGAAUGCACUGCUAUGUGUGACUCAUCGUUUUUUUUCCAAAUCAUACCUUUACUACUGCAUCAAUAUUUGUCAUAAGAAAUCCAUUGCUUUGGUUAUUUUGUUUUCUUCCUUUUUCCAUCAAACAAAGAGAUUAAGAAAUUAUGGAUUAUACCUCAGAUACCUACCUGACCUGCUGUUCUUCUCGAACGUCGAAGACUAUACGCACGAUGACAAAAUAAACAUUUUUGCUCAAUUUUCUUUUUUCUUUUUUUUUAAAUCCUGCUCACACCAUUCUGUCCUAGAUUGUAUUUGGGAUUAUAGAUUCGGUUACCGCUUUUGGAAAAGCUCAGAGAGCCGGGAGCGUGCGUAUGAUCACAGCCCCUAUGGACACCAUGAGCGCGGUGGCACUUUUGAUAGACAGCGUCACUACAACGCAGACUAUUACCGCGAUCGCACCAUGUUUGCAGCUGGAGUUAGCCCUGGGCCUGGAAGUGCCAGCGCUAUGGGUGGGAGCUUUGAAACCCCGGAGCCUCAUUUUGAGUCCAGGAUUCGAGGAGAUCCCUUCACCUUGUCUAGUGCUGCGCGGCGCGACCCCUAUCGAGAUGACCGAGGGCGUCGUGUUGACAGAACUUAUCAUCGCCGCAGUCGGUCAUCUCAUUCUUCACAAUCUCGACACCCCUCCCCGCAAAGGACCACGGGGCAAACGCCCAAAGCCCCCCAUUCCCCCAAAAGAGCCCCCCUCUCCCCAGGUAGAGGUCCACGCUCUAGGUCCCGCAGUAGGUCCUCUAGCUCUGAUUCUGUCAGCAGCACCAGCAGUACCGGCAGUGGCAGCAGCGAUUCAAACAGCAGCUCAAGUGAUGGGUCUCAUGCACGCUCUGUUCAGUCCUCUGCUACACAUGCACCCCCCUCUCAGCCGUGCUCUAUGGUGAUGGAAGGUGACGAACCACGCAGAAGCUUUGGCAUCAGGGUGCAGAACCUACCAGUGCGCUCCACAGACACAAGUUUAAAAGAUGGACUGUUCCAUGAGUUCAAGAAACAUGGGAAAGUGACAUCCGUGCAGAUCCACGGGGCCUUGGAGGACCGAUAUGGUCUGGUGUUCUUCAGACAGCAGGAAGACCAAGAGAAAGCCCUCAACGUCUCCAAAGGAAAGCUUUUCUUCGGCAUGAUGAUCGAGGUUUCUGCCUGGAACGGCCCUGAAACAGAGAGCGAGAAUGAAUUCAGGCCUUUGGAUGGACGGAUUGAUGAAUUUCACCCCAAGGCGACUAGGACCCUGUUUAUCGGCAACUUGGAGAAGACCACCAGUUACCAACAACUCCUUGAUAUCUUUCAGCGCUUUGGAGAGAUUGUGGAUAUUGACAUUAAAAAGGUUAAUGGUGUUCCUCAAUACGCAUUUGUGCAGUAUUCUGAUAUUGUCAGUGUCUGCAAAGCUAUAAAGAAGAUGGAUGGAGAGUAUUUGGGGAGCAACCGGCUCAAGCUGGGUUUUGGGAAGAGUAUGCCCACAACAUGUGUUUGGCUGGACGGUUUGGCUUCCAACAUCACAGAGCAAUAUCUCACACGUCACUUCUGCCGCUAUGGACAUGUAGUCAAGGUGGUGUUUGACAGGUUGAAGGGGAUGGCUCUCAUCUUGUAUAACAACACAGAUUUUUCACAGGCAGCUGUCAGGGAGACCAAAGGCUGGAAGAUUGGCGGCAACAAAAUAAAGGUGGAUUUUGCCAGCCAAGAGAGUCAGAUGGCUUUUUAUCGCUCUAUGCAGGCCUCUGGGCAAGACAUUAGAGACUUCUAUGAAAUUCCAACUGAAAGACGAGAGGAACGACCAAGACCUCCAUACCAUGAGUUCUCAGCAGAAAGAGCCUACUUUGAGAAUGCACGCACCCCUGGCACCAUUUACCCCGAAGAUCCUCGCCGAGACUAUCCUGCCCGCAGCCGUGAGCGGUAUUCUGAAUUGGAGCACUACCAGGGAGAACACUUUGACCCACGCUACCAUGAAGACCCCCGGGAGUUCAGGGAUUAUCGAGAUCCUUUUGAGCAGGACAUUCGGAAGUACACAUACAUCCAGAGGGAGCGAGAAAGAGAGCGGGAGCGCUUUGAGGCAGACCAUGGCAUGUGGAGCCCCUCUCAUCCACGGCGCCCGAUCACCCCUUCUGCCUCCCCUUCACCAUCUGAGCGUGCUCCCAGAGACCCAGAGCGACGGGUCUACAGUCAAUCCUCUGAGCGAAGUGGUAGUUGCAGCUCACUCUCACCACCACGCUUUGACAAGACUGACAAGGCUCCUCCUUUGGAACAUGGAGCCAGCUCUAAGAGUGAGAGGUUGGAAAAAGACAUCCAACUGGUUGAACCUGAGCGUGUUGCUGGGACUGAGAAGAGCAAGCGGGGGAGACGAAAGGAGAAAGGUGACAAAGAAAAAGGGGAGAAGAGUAAGUCAAGGAAAGCGAAGGUGCAAUCUCCCAGCAUCCCACCAUCUGAGACAGAGCUAGAACCCAGCCUGGAUGGAGGCUCUGGAAGGGGAAAGGUGUCAGACCAGGACGUCCUUGACAGACAGAGGUAUAAAGGUGACAACGACCCUCCUCCUUCAGAUCCGACCACGUCAACCUCUCGCCAUGAGCCUGUAAAAAGUGAGAGGCUUGAGUCGGGGAAAGGUGAGAACGCAGACAAGGAUGGUAAAACACGAUCCAAGAAACACCAAAAAUAUGACACUGGAAAUGAUGGGAAAGAUCCAUCAGUGGAUUCUGAUCGGUUGGCUGCGAGAAAGAGGCGCUUUGGAGAUGCCAGUGGGAGAACCAUUCGACAGAAGAGGAGAAGGCUGGAAGAUGAGGAUGGGAGUCAACCCCAAGACUUUGGAGCUAGCACUGCCUUUACAAAAGAGACUGAUGGUGACAGUAAGGCUCAGCAAAAAGACUCACAGCGGAGGGAUUCAAGAUCCAAAUCAGAGAGGCUGGUGUUUCUUGGCAGUCAUAAAGAGGGUCAGGAUCCUGCAAUGAGAGGACAAGAAGAGCUGCCCGAGGGGAGCAUGGACCCUAUGGACUCAAAACGCCACCCUAGCCACAGUAUGUCCAGAAGGUUCUCCCAUGAUGGGAACAUGGACCAAGACAAUGCAAGAGAUCAAGAUCCACAGAGCCCUUUCAAAUAUGGUGCACAAGACAAUGACAAGGGUGUCAAGGAAGAGCCUCUUGAUAUUGAUCUCUCCCAGAGUUACCGCAAACAGAUGGAGCAAAGGAGGCUCCACCAACAGCUUCAGGAGCCAGACAAACAAGAAAAAGCUGGGAGUCCACAAGGCUUAGAAACGGAGGACCUAGAACACCGCAGUCUGGUACAUGAAGUGGGCAAGCCACCUCAAGAUGUCACAGAUAAUUUCCCAUCUCAUAAACUCAAGAAACUAGAGCAAUUUGAUGCAGAUAUCAGUGCCAAGAGGGGGGACCGUGUCUACAGGAGCUUCCGGCAAAAGAGUGAAGAUCCUGAGUGGCACAACACUGCAUCUCCAGGCUUGCAACACUUCUCUCAUCAUGCUGAGCAGGACUUUGCGGAAUCUUCACAUCUCAGGGAGGUUAAAACGGAGGAUAAAAGCCACCCAGACCUGGAGCUGGCAGUCAAAAGGACACAUACAACUCAAAUGUCCAAGCCAAGCACUCCUUUACAACUUAGUGAAGAAGAGCGGGAAAAACGUUGGGAGAGCAGAGUCAAGCAAGAUUUUUUACCCGACUUAAACUUCUCCAGAGGCAUUGGAAAAAAUACACACAAUCGCAAGCGUUUGGAGUAUGGAAUUUUGCACGAUUUGGAGCCUGGGGAAGUACGAUCCGAUUCUGAAGAGGAUAGAGAACACAAACCACAUUCUCCUAUGCCCUCUACUUCUAUGCCUUUCUCUGACAGGCAACGAGUGGACAGAUUUUCAGACCCCAAGCUUGCCACUUUGGAGAGGAUGAAGUUCUACUCCUUUGCACUUGACCAGACCAUCACACCAGAUACCAAGGCCCUGCUAGAGCGAGCAAAGUCUCUGUCCUCCUCUAGGGAGGACAACUGGUCUUUCUUGGAUUAUGAUUCACACUUUGCUGGUUUGCACAGCAGGAAAGAUACUGAAAAGGUUGAAUCAGCACCACUUCCUACACCCUCUUGGUACAUGAAGAAGAAGAAAAUUCGCAGUGGUGGGUCUGAAGACAAACUAGAUGACAGGAAGGAAGACCCCAAGCCCAAGCCAGAGGAACAUGAACGCAGGGAACUGUUUGCCUCCCGUUUCCUACACAGCUCAAUCUUUGAGCAGGACUCAAGACGUCUUCAGCACCUUGAGCGAAAGCAUGAGGACCCUGAGCAAAGUCAGGCUCAACAAACUGGUCAGCAAGGCCUGGCAGAUGGGCAGCCUGACACAGAACCAGUUGUCCUCUUCCAUAGCCGCUUUUUGGAGUUCACGCGGCUGCAACAGCAGAAAGACCAACAGUUACAUGAAGUAAAAAGAGCAGAUUCCAUUGAUAGUAAUAGGGUGGAGAAGUCACCGGAGGCAGAACAGCAACCUCUGCCGUUUCCUAAAACCUCAGAACCGGUCAUGGAUCCAGAGACUAAACCAACUAGCCCUGCUGAGAACCACAUGAUUUCCCAGCCCCCACUUAUGCCCAAGGAGAUGUCUCCACUUAAGCAAAUGUCUCCACCCCUUCCACCCAAGGGAAUGUCUCCACCCAAGCGGAUGUCUCCACCCCUUCCACCCAAGGAAGUGUCUCCACCCCUUCCACCCAAGGAAGUGUCUCCACCCCUUCCACCCAAGGAAAUGUCUCCACCCAAGGAAAUGUCUCCACCCCUUCCACCCAAGGAAAUGUCUCCACCCCUUCCACCCAAGGAAAUGUCUCCACCCAAGCACAUGUCUCCACCCCUUCCACCCAAGGAAAUGUCUCCACCCAAGCACAAGUCUCCACCCCUUCCCCCCAAGGAAAUGUCUCCACCCCUUCCCCCCAAGGAAAUGUCUCCACCCCUUCCACCCAAGGAAAUGUCUCCACCCAAGGAAAUGUCUCCACCCCUUCCACCCAAGGAAAUGUCUCCACCUCUUCCACCCAAAGAGAUGUCUCCACCCAAAGAGAUGUCUCCAACAGUGGAAAUACAUGACAUGUUUACUCCAGAGCCAAAGGGUCCAGAGCCAGCUGCCCCAGAACCUUUGACAAAAGAAAACAGAGAAAAUGAACAGCCCCUUCCCCUCCUACAAAUAUCUCCCUGUGAGAUGUUGCCCCCUGCUUCUGUUAAUUUAGUAGCCCCUGAGCACAUCCGUUCUGUGAGAAAAGUUAAAAGAUCCCCUAGUGAAGAGAAAUCUGAAGAUAUAGCUCAGGAUAUUAAAAUGUUGAACCCUGAGCGGUCUUCCAGCAGUGAUUGCCUUCAUGAAACAUCAGUGAGUAGUUUUGUACCAGAGCCUGAGCUGGCACCUCCUGAAUUACCACCUGCAUUUUUAAGUUCCACCCCACCUAACCCUGUUGAGGAGAUGGAGGUUUCAAAAGAUGAUACCAACACUGACAAUACAGACACUCAUACAGAGGUGGUAAAGAAACUUGAACUCAAUCAGACCCAGGUGCUUGUUGAUAAUGAAACCAGUGAUGAGUCAAUUUCACCACCUCAGAAGUCCAAGAACAAAAAGAGUAAGUCUCCUCAAGUCCCACUAACUCCUUUGGUUUCAACAACUAGUUCAGAGAAACCACUUACCCGCAAGAGUGAACGCACAAAACGUGCAUCAUCCCCUAGAGCAGAGUCUUCAAAGGCAAGCUCAGAUUCCAAAUCCACAGGCAAGUCUCCCAUACAUGGAGCAGACCCUGAACAUGGCACAGAGCAGAGUAUAUCUGUUGGAAGAGCAAGGCGUAGAAAUGUGAAAUCUGUGUAUGCCACCCCAGUUGAGGAAGAUGCCACUAAGGGGGCUGGAAAGGAUGUAACUGAGUCACCUCGCACUGCACGGAAGCGAGGUGGAGACAAAGACAAGGAAGCAGCCCCUCAGCAACCGUUAGAGCAGGAUUCCCUUGCACCUAUUACUUCAAGGCGGGGACGUCCCCCUAAGAAUCGGCGACAAGGAGAGGACAUGUUAACAGCUAAAGGGGAUAGAUCAAAAAUGGAGACCAAGGAUACAGACUCCAAUGAAUCAGAGAGUAGUGAAAGAAUUUCAAAAGUGUCAAAAGGCAGACAUUCUCCUCAUGGUCAUAAAGCUUUGGCAAGUCAAUUACCCAUGCCCAUAGCGACUGGAUCAAGUAGGAAGGGGGACAAAACUGAGCCACCUGAAGAUGUUUCUCAGCAGAUGGAUUUUACAGAAGACAGUUUGGCCAUGCAGGAUUCCACUGUCUCGUGUAAGGAAGACACUGUAGCACCAGCUGUGACAAAGAAAGAGGAGAAUGUUAAGCAACAACUAGGAACAGAGAAACCACGAGAUAAAGACAGGCAGAAAAAGGACCCUGUUGACGAGAAAGCCAGUGGAACUACAUUUGGUGAGAAAGCGUCUGAACCACCAGUCGUGGAAGAACUGCCUCUAUUGGAGAAAAUGGAGAAGAGUGGGAGAGGAAAAGCUCCACGCUUGACACGGACUCCAAAAUCGCCUGUCCUCAAGAACCUGAAGAUCAGACUAAAUGUCACUGAGGUGAAAGAUUUGCUUCAAAUGGGGGAUGAGGAACCGGAAAAUGGGGAUGAUUCUUCAAAAAAGUCCAAACCAGGCGAAUCUACUAAUGAUCCAUUAUUAGAGUCUAGUCCAGGAAAAGAUGUGAGUUCUAGCAACGAGGAUAAAGAUGAGAGCACACCAGAAACUAAGCCUCCAAUAGAUCCUAAAACUUUGCUACAACAGGAACAGGAGCUUGAGCAAGCUGUGGAGAACAUUGCUAAACUGACAGACCCAACCCUCCCAGCAGAGUCACCAACUCCACUUGCCACACCAUCUGCAGAAUUAAAAAUUGAGACUGAGGAAGAGAAAUCUGCCAAUCCUGCUAGUGAGUAUGAACUUGCUGCUGCCAUUGAUUCGAUUAUGGGUGAGGAUAUACCCGUCCCUCUGCCUCAAGAGCCGGUAAUUAGUGCUGUUGUGGAUUCAGACCUAGAGAUUCCAACCUUCGUCCAGCCGACCAAGGAAGCUGAACCUGCGAGUAACAUAUCCCCUAUUCAGGUGGAGUCCUUUUUCCCAACUACACCCAAGAAGGGUGCUAAGGGCAGAGCUAAAACACCAAAACGGUCUAAGAGCCAAAAAUCAAACAAAAAGGACCCUGUAAAAGAAAUUUCAUCAGAACCGGAGAGCACCACUGUUAUCACAUCAGACAGCAUACCCUCCAAUUCACAGCCUGUUCCAGAAACUAUUCCCUCAACCUCAGCUGCAGGUGUCAUUACAACCACCUCUUGGAAGCCUAAAACUGAGCAUUUGGCUCCUAAGGCUACGGACAUGCCUAAAGAAUCGAAGUUACCUCCAGUCCUUGCAGAGCAACCUCCACCUCAACAUCUGAAACCUGUCUGCCCCCCAACCAAAAGUCCCACUCUCCCCAAGCCUCAACAACAACCACCACCACCUGAGUGCAUCUCACCUUCACUUUCUCCACCCCCAACCCGGCCAAACAUCAGGCCCACACAGCCAAGCAGGAUCGCAGUUUCCCCACCAGAUUGGCUCAACCAGUCCAAGGACGCAGGUGUCCCUUCCUCUCCUAGAACAUCAGCAGCUUCCUUUGAGAACCCAGCAAUUCCCUCUGACACUGAGCCCAUGGAGACUGAGCGUAACAACAGUGACUUGCGUAGGAUUCUCAUGAAGCACAAGAAUGUUUCACUCCCAGUCCCAUGCAGUAGUUCUGUUCCUAGCAAUUUGGGCACCUUAUCCCUUAGGGAUCCUCCACACCUACCUGAAAGUAAUACCCCAAUGGUUGCUGUGACUAGUAAGACCUCUCUUAAUGACAACAGGCUUCAUCCAGCUCAGCCUGUAGUCCGGCCCCCAGCCUCACUACCAUCCCCUGAGUCAAAGUCGGUUAUUUCUGUUAUCGCCUCCACUGCCACCUCUGUUAUCAGUCGUGUUUGCAAUCCACCUGACAUGGAGAAGGUUAAUAUGUCAGUUGACAGAAAUCCCGUAGUGGACAUGCCACUUUCCAAGCAGACAUACAGGCCGCCCAGCAUGGAGGACAGGGACAGUGGUUCGUACCAUGGACCAUCAGUUGGCGAAGAGGGUGGAAGUGCUGGGAGGUACUUGGUUGAGAGCUCCGGUCUGGGUACAGGCUCCAGCCCAGGUCUAAGGGUGAAUACCUCAGAGGGAGUGGUGGUGUUGAGUCACUCAGGACAGAUCAAGGAGGGACCACAGAGGAUAAGUGCCAAAAUCAGCCAGAUACCACCAGCUACUGUAGUUGACAUGGAAUCUCAGCAGCUAGUGUCCAUGCCCCAGAUAAAACCAGAUAUGUAUACCCACUCCCAGUCAAACACUCCAAAGUGUCCUCCAAUACAGACAGACCAUGGGCACCUUAAGACGCAACAAACGGUUUCCUCCAUUAAACAAGAAAACACUGGUAUGGAAAAGUUAGAAUCUCCCUACCCAUCAGGGCCUCAAGGAGGAGUCGUGAAGAGGCUCCAGCAGACAGUUGGUAAUCCACAAGUGAUGGGUUACCAUCAUUCAGAGUUCACAAUGUUAUUGAAGCAUCCAAAGAAAGUGGAUGGGGCUGACGCUAUGAACGCUGACGGGUGUAAACCAUCUUGGACCUCUGCCAUAAGUCCUGCAAUGAGCCCCCACCUGCCCUCUCCGGCUGGCAACCACGUAGGCUUUGUUCCCGGUUCGGCCACUGACAGAACUCCCUCACAUCUCAGUGGGGUCAAACAGGAGCCCCGUUCUCCUCGCAAGUCAGGCCAUCCACAUUCUCCGUUCACUAAAGUGUCCUCUCCCAUCGGCUCCUCCUCUCCCAAAGGCCUCCCUGGGAUGCUGCCCUCUGGCCUGCCCGCCAUGCAGCAGUAUGUCACCAGUGUCCACCACCCUGAGCAGUCUGUCAUCAUGCAACCUCACAGUGCUCACGGUGGCAUUGGAAGGAUGUCACCCCAUCGUGCCUCCCAAGCAAUCCCCAUGGGGCACCUUGUCCAAGGAGAGGUCAGGGUGAACACGCCACCCCUAUCUGUCAUGAGUUUCGCGAUGCAUGGAGACCCUCUUGCCUCUCCCUGGUCUGGUCCUCUCCAGCAACGCCCCACCUCGCCCCAGGCCGUAGGCAGAGACAUAGUCCUCAAGGUUAACCCUGGGAAUGUGAGGGGCCAUGAGGGAGAGCAAGACGAUGCCAGGCGCUUCCAUCAGGCCACAGGGAGACAAUCUGCCGCACAGCUGAAAGCAGAGACUAUGCAGCCGGAUCCCCGUGGGGCUCUACUUAGCGGGCUGCAGCUGGACCCGUACAUGUCGCCCAGGGACUUGCGUGUGCUCAUGCACCACCCUCAGGGAGAGCGCUCGGCCCCAGAGCCACACCAGGGACACAUCCAAGAGACUGUCCCACCCUCCUCAACAUCUACCAACAUCACCUCGUCGAUGUCUCCCAGGGCACAUCUGCUGACUAAAGGUGUGUCCGAGAAGGAUGUCACAAAGCCACAAGAGGUCAAGAGGCCACACUCUCCUCUGAAGGAUGGGAUGAUGGGGUUUCGGCCAAGUAUGGCCGCCAUGGCGUCCCCCCAAAGGGUGCAGCUGCUGCCAUCAGGGACGGGAGCUUCUUUCUCGGAGUAUCCAGGAAUUUACACCAACACCCGGGCCAUCCAUUCACAGAUCACUGAGACCUCCCCUUUUGGGAUCAACCAGGUACCUCUCAACAUAACUUCUGCCUUAGGUGCAGAUCCCAGCCAGUCACAAGCUGAUGUCAAGGUGAAACAAGUUGGACAGCAACCUGUCAACAUGGUGCAGCUGCUCACGAAGUACCCGAUAGUGUGGCAAGGGCUGCUGGCACUGAAAAAUGACCAGGCUGCUGUCCAGUUGCAUUUUGUCUGUGGCAACAAAGGAUUGGCUCUACGGUCACUGCCCCUACCAGAGGGAGGAUCGCUGCUUCGGAUCGUCCAGAGAAUGAGACUCGAGGCGUCACAAUUGGAUGGUGUGGCUAGAAGAAUGACACAGGGGGAGAGUGAGUUCUGUCUCCUGCUAGCUCUGCCAUGUGGACGGGACCAGGAGGAUGUCCUGAACCAGACCCAGGCCCUAAGAACCGCUUUCAUCAACUACCUACAGGCCAAGCUGGCUGCAGGCAUCAUCAAUGUCCCCAACCCAGGCUCCAAUCAGCCUGCCUACGUGUUGCAGAUAUUCCCACCAUGUGAGUUUUCAGAGAGCCACUUAUCCCGGCUAGCCCCUGAUCUCCUCAACCGGAUCUCCAAUAUCUCCCCUCACCUCAUGAUCGUCAUCACCUCCGUUUAACAACCCCUCCCCCAGCGGGAAAAGGGAACCACCUCUUCUCUUCAGUGGACGUACUUAACGUUGAGCCUCAGGAACCAAGAGGAAUGGCAGGAUCGUUGCUCCUGGAGACACUGGGAACAUGUAGGAAUAACGUCCUAUUGGAACUUUUACCUUUUCCAUAUCAAUUUCUUUUUUCCUUUUUUUUUGUCAAUCCUGGUAUUUUUGUCCUUCUCAAAAGAGCGAGCUCAGGGAUGGACCAGACCAGAGCCCUAUAUGUGUCCAUUCUUAUUGGACAAUUUUUUUUUUUUUUCCUGCUGUAUUUGUAUUUAUUGGGGGAGUUUUAUUUUUACGUAGGGAGAUACUUUGAAGAAAAAUCUGGAUGUUUGAUGAAAAGAAUGAGUGACUAACUGUGUGGCCUUUUUCUUCAUCUUUUUAAUGAUUAUGGUUCAUUUUUCAUAAAGGAUCAUAGGUCAUUGUACAACAAUGGCAAAAACAGACAUUUCAAUGUCAUUUUUCAGCCUAUCCCAUAGAGGAGAAAGAAUUAACUUCAAAAUACUAUUAGGGCAUGUCUCAAAUGGCUCCCUACUCCUCAUAUAGUGCACUUCUUAGGGCCCUGGUCAAAAGUAGUACACGAAGGAAAUAGGGUGCCAUUUGGGACUCCUAGAUCUUGUAGAGAGGACAGUGUCAGCCUAACAAACCCCUUUGAUUCCACCAGCUCUGCUGUUCCAUUUUCUCUCUACUCAAACCAGACAAGGCUCUUCCCUUCCACCUGUUUCCGCAUUAUACGAGCAACAGUGGGAUUAAAGAGUUUUUGGAAUACUGGACUCUGUAAAUAUUUUAAAUAUUUAAAACGGACAAAAUGGAACUUGAGACGACUUGACACCAAGAGACUUCCAACCAACCGUGGAAAUACAAGAUGGUAAGGUGGGAUUGUUGGGGUUGUAAGGAAGGACGCAGAUGAAACCCCUUGAUUUUGUGGAGUAAAUGCUUCUAAUACAGCAGGUUGGCAAACUCUCGUGUGGAGUUUGCUGAGGGCACAUCACAUUUUGUUACUCCAAUAAAAAAACAAUCCAGAAAACUUGAACAUUAAAUGAGCUCUUUUAUUUCAUCUGGAUGUUUGUCAUUGUUGUUUCUCUUUGAGAUGAUGUCUGUUUGAAAUAAAUGUUUGAACAUUG